AUCCGCCGAGCAGGUCUUCUGCGAGAUAAUAUUUCAAUAACGAUAAUAAUAAUAAUAAAUAUGAUUGGGAAAACGCUUGCAGCUAAUAGUAAUCAACGGGACGUCACAAGACUGCAUAUGCAACUCCGGAAUCAGCCGUCGUCGGAUAGUAAGAAGACUUUCGUUGCUGCAUCGUAUUUGCCGGCCAAUUGCGGUACGACAGCAGUUGAUGUAACGGAUGUGCUAUAUAGUAGUAAUCCGCACUCAUCGUUAUCAGGAAACGAUAAUGCAACUUCGUCAACCGAAAACAAAACGAAGUACUUGGUGUCAGUGGACGACACGGGACGAUUGGUGUGCGCGAACGGUCACCACUGUUCCGCGGCCGACUGCAGCUGUUGGAUACUGUCCGUGCCGCUGGCCGACGACUGUCACACGUACAAUUGCCGGCUGUCGCUUUUGGCCGUCGGUACCGUAGGUCUGCACACCACCGCCGCUGUGAUGCCCGGACAAUCGCUCAAGAUGUGGUUUCCGCCCGAUCUCCAACUAAUGCUGCACGUGCCAUUUCUCACGCCCGUCAACAUAAAAGACGAGAGAAAGUAUGUGUGUCACAAAUGUGGUUACACGUGUGAAAAACCUAAUCCACUAAAAAUUCACAUGGCACUAGACUGCGGCAAACGACCGCAUGCUAAACUCUGGUCUAGGCUGACGGCCGAUCAUUGCGAAAAGAACCAAACAAUCGAAGCUUCGUUUCGGUUCAGUCUAACGUCAGCUGAGUCACGGGCGCCCUUAUCGUCCAUCUCCACAGACUCAGCGUUCCGACCUUACUCACCCGAAUCUUCGGCAAGUAGUAGCGGCUGUCCGAUACCACCGUCACCACUGAGACAACCACCACCAGCAACGCCAUCGUCUUUGUCGUCCGACCAAACGCAACUACAAGACGAACCUCUUGGACAAGUGAUCGGGGGCAAAGACUCGGCGUUCUUUAAUCAGCGUUGUGCUGAGAUGGAAACCAUCGUCAGCAACCUUGGCCACUCCGACCAAGGACACCUAUGCAUAUACUGCGGAAAAGUCUACUCCAGGAAGUACGGACUCAAGAUUCACAUCAGAACUCACACUGGUUUUAAGCCGCUAAAAUGCAAGUAUUGCUACCGACCGUUCGGCGACCCAAGCAACUUAAAUAAACAUGUGCGGUUGCACGCAGAAGGAGAUACUCCUUACAAAUGUGAUUGUUGCGGUAAAAUCCUAGUACGCAAGAGAGACCUUGACAGGCAUAUGAAGUCAAGACAUGCACAAGUUAUACAAAAAACUAUAUAUAAAAUGCAUGUAUCCAUAUGACAACGCACUUUUUCCUGAAUUGUGCUGAAUUUAUAGUUGAUUGUUAAAAUUGUUGUGAUAUUUUUAUCUUAAAAUUAAAA